CCUGCUGCACAAUUCCAACAGUGCGCGGCGCGUGUAUUUUGAGAUGGAUCUGGGAAUUAGAAAAAACUUUUGCGUCGUAAAAAUUGCUUAGAAAAUCUAAACAGAACCAAACACCAGGGGAUACUUCAUUUUAAGCCAACUCCUUUGUAAAAUAGUGGACUCUGGAUAGUUUUCAAUGGGCGUUUACCACUUUGUCACGGUGCUUUAUUCCCAACAGAGCUUGUUCGACAAAGAAAUGAGGGAGGAACACGGAGUGGAUUAGACUGGUCUUCCACUGAUCGAGUCGGGAUUGGAAUUUAUUCCAGUUUUCUGUCGGAUAUCACCUCAAUGUGGGCUGCAGACAACCGUCGCCUUUUUUGCGAAGUUAAAUGAUGGCGACACAUUGGAUGGGUCCGAGCGACGAGGACGAUGAUGCAAGACUCUCAGCCAGACUGCCCAUGGGGGAGGAUGGUGCAGAGCAGGGCGACCCCAUGGCGAGUCUGUUCCAGUUGGAGGAGGAGUCCUUUUCCUGGCCGGGCCCCAAAACACUGCACCUCCGACGCACCGCUCAGGGCUUCGGCUUCACCCUGCGCCACUUCAUCGUGUACCCGCCCGAGUCUGCUGUGCAUUCCUCCCUCCAGGGUGAAGAGCUCGGGAAUAGAGGGAGACCGCGCAACAGGCUGGAGCCAAUGGACACAAUCUUUGUGAAGCAAGUGAAGGAAGGUGGACCAGCACAUGGAGCUGGUCUCUGCACAGGGGACCGUAUAGUCAAAGUGAAUGGAGAGAGCAUUAUUGGCAAGACUUACACACAGGUGAUAGCCUUGAUACAGAACAGCGAAACAUUCCUGGAACUGUGUGUAAUGCCAAAAGAUGAGGACAUUCUGCAGCUGGCCUACUCCCAGGAUGCCUACCUUAAAGGUCACGACCCCUACAGCGGAAACGCGCGUCACAUCCCUCAGCCGCCCCCCGUAUGCUACCCCCGUGUAGACUCUAAGCCCCCCUCAGGGAUGGCCCAGGCUGCAGAGAGCUCAUCCUCGGGGGGGCUGCCGCCGGAGAUGGGCUAUCGCGUGGAGAUCCCUGUGCCGCCCUCCCCUCCCCCACCACUGCCCAAGGCACAGACGGCCGUGUGUGUGUGCAGUGAAACAGGUGUGCGGACUGUUGUGGUGCCGCCCGACGGUCACCUAGGUCACCGGUCCGACUACGCGAUGCUGGGCCCCGAGCCGGUGCUGAUCCGUCCGCGGCCCAGCACCGCGUCCGGCGGGCGGCCCUCCUACCCCCACCCACGCAAGGCGGACCUCUACCCGGGCUACCACGGCGAUCCGUACGGCAUGCAGCCUGUCCACUUCCACCCGUCGGCCUCGGCCGGCGCGCACCAGAACAUCGACUGGCGCUCCUACCAGACUUACCGGGAGUACAUCGACAACAAGGGGCUGCACGCUUACAGCCGCACCAUCCAGGAGCGUCUGGACAGCCUGCGAAGCGCCUCCCCGCAGAGCGUCCACCUCGGCAUGCCGUGUGGCCCGCCGCCGCCCCCCCCGGCCCCUGCCUGGGACUCGCGCCUGAGGCGCCGGAGCACCUCUCACGAGCGCUCGUACGGCGGGCCCCCCAUCAGGCCUCCCGCGCGCAGUGCCUCCCAGGACCGCAUGAGCGCCUCGGAGCGGGCCAGGCACCACCCCGACUGGCCGCCGCGCAGCUCGUCCCAUGACGGGCUGCUCCUCAAGGCCCGCGCGCGCUCCACGGACUACGUGGAGCACACAGACCUGGUCCAGCCCACCGUCUGGCUGGGGGACCGACGUGUGUACGUGCGGCCGGAGCCACAGCAGCGUCCCAGCAGACAGCAGCUACCGCCUCGGGCUGUCCUGCAGCGGGGCCCGGCCGGCUAUGGCCCCAACAGCAGUGGACGCGGCAGAGCCCAGAUCGGCUCCCGGACCGACAUUCCCCCUCCGGGCAUCCCCGCGGAGAGGCCCUCCCGCCUGGUCAAGAACCUGACUCCUGAGCCUGGUCCCAAAGACCAAAGAAUGGUGGGCAAUCACCUGUCGCACCCUGCCCACCACCUCCAGCAGCAGCAGCAGCAGCUGCUGCGUGCCCGACCAGAGACGCUCCAAUCACCAGAGACGGGCCGCGAGAGAGACGUCGGGGUGGUGCUGCGCUCCUCCUCCUGCUCCUCAGCCCUCCCCUCUCAGAGACCACAGCACCUGGGAGCCGCAGUGGCGUCAGCGGCCGCCCUGAGGCCACACCUCCAGGAGCAGCCGAGUCCAGCCAAUGGGCGCGGGCCGCCGGGGGGCGUGGUGCUGCGCGAGAAGCCGCCCGUGGGGAAGAACGGACCCCAGCCGCUGAGGCACCCGUCCUACAUCCUGGCGGUGAACGAGGCGGAGGGAGGCGCCCGCGAGCAAACGGGGGCGGGCGCCGCGGGAGUGGCAGGCGUGUGCUGGCUGCCCAACGACACCCGGCGCGAGAUGCAGAUGCGACGGAUCGGCGAGAACGAGUCCUUUUCCAGCACACUGGAUGAGUCGCUCGACUCCAUUCCUUUCAUUGAUGAGCCUGCGAGCCCUAGUGUUGACCGUGACGCUGCGCACAUUCCAGCCUCUAUUGUGAUCGCUGGCCCUUCGGCCACAACUGCUGCCACGCCCAGCCCUAGCACCCCCUCCCCUCUCAUUCGCCGACAGCUGUCACAUGACCAAGAGUCACUCAAAAAUGCCAUCCUGGAAUCCCAGAAUGGGACGAAGACAGAGCGUUCCAAGUCCUAUGACGAAGGCCUGGACAACUACAGAGAGGAGGGCAGAGGACGAUCCUCCUCUAAACACAUGCCCAGUCUGAAGGUGUUCCGGAAGGCUGUGGAUGGACACAAGUCACCUGAUGACUCGGGCUCUAGGAGGGACUCUUCCGCAGACGUCUUCGGUGACUCCUCAAAGGAGGGAUGGCUGAAGCUCAACACAGACAAAAACAAGCGUGUGGGAGGCGGUAUCCGGGGGUGGAAACAGAUGUAUUCGGUACUGCGAGGCCACUCCCUCUACCUCUACAGGGACAAGAAGGAGUGCCUGGCCCACGCCCACUCACAGCUCGACGAGGUGCCUCAGCCAAUCUGCAUCAAGGCCUGCCUGAUUGACAUCUCCUACAGCGAAACCAAGCGCAAGAAUGUGCUGCGGCUGGAAACGUCAGACGGCGAGUACCUGUUCCAGGCGGAGAACCGGGACGACAUGCUGUCCUGGAUCUCCGUCAUUCGGAAAACCAACAACCUGGACGAGAACGCAGCAGUGACGAGCACAGACCUGCUCAACCGCAAGAUCAGCAGAGCCAUAAAGAGUGUUCCGGGCAAGAGCAAGAGUCAAAGUCCCCACUCCCCCAAAUACGAGGACAGGAAGAGCAGUAGAGAUGACGCAAGCCCCCCACGGGACAGGGCAGGGUGGAGAGGGAUCACUGGCCUCAGGAGGAAGCCUGCCGAGAAGAAGCCCACGGCUGGGGUCACCUUUGGGGUGCGCCUGGACAACUGCCCCCCUGCACAGAACAACAGAUUUGUGCCGCUGAUUGUGGAGGUCUGCUGUAAGCUGGUGGAGGAGCGAGGGCUGGAGUACACAGGCAUUUACCGCGUCCCUGGCAACAACGCCGCCAUCUCCAGCAUGCAGGAGGAGCUGGACACCAAAGGCAUGGGCGAUAUCGACAUCGAGGAGGACAAAUGGCGGGACCUCAAUGUUAUCAGCAGCCUCCUGAAAUCCUUCUUUAGGAAGCUGCCAGAACCACUGUUUACAAAUGAGAAAUAUGCAGAUUUUAUCGAUGCCAACCGGACAGCUGAUGCUGUUGAGAGGCUGAAAGUGCUAAAGAGGCUGAUUCAUGAGUUGCCAGACCAUCACUACGAAACGCUCAAGUACCUCUCGGGGCAUCUGAAAAUGGUGUCUGAGAACUGCGAGAAGAAUAAGAUGGAGCCACGGAACUUGGCCAUUGUUUUUGGCCCCACUCUGGUACGGACAUCAGAUGACAACAUGACCAACAUGGUCCAUCACAUGCCGGAUCAGUACAAGAUAGUGGAGACCCUCAUCCAGCACUGUGACUGGUUCUUCAUUGACGAUGGGGAAGAAGAGCCAAUAGCGAUGGUGGAGCAGGAUAGCACAGUGCAGUCGCAGCCCGUCCCUAACAUCGAUCACCUGCUGCCCAACAUCGGCCGCACCGCCUUCUCUCCAGGAGACGUCUCAGACUCAGCCAGUGAUUCUGCCAAAUCCAAGGGCUCGUGGGGUUCUGGGAAGGACCAGUACAGCCGGGAGCUGCUGCGCUCCUCCAUCUUCGCCAGCCGCAAGCGCAAGAAGCCCAAAGACAAGCCGCAGCCCAGCAGCUCGGACGACGACCUCGACGCUCUCUUCCCCAAGAAGGAGUCCCAGGAGCAGAGCGCCCAGCCGGCCUGGCCGCAGCAGCCCGAGGAGGGCCCAGGAGACGAGGACGAGGAGGAGGAGGAGGAUGAAGGCCAGGGUCGCGAGGUCGGGGAGAACGCCGAGCGAGUGAGCGGCGUCGACGAGGAGCCGCAGGAGAGCCGGCUGGAGCAGAGGCCCGGCACCCCCCCGCUUUCAGACGUGGACGCCCCCGUCCAGCCACCCGAGGCUUACCCCUGCCCCUCGCCCAAGCCCGGCUCGUCCCCCACCCUGAGCUACCGCAUGCAGGCGGUCCGGCAGUGCUCGCUGUCGGACCAGGUGUCGUCGGCCUGCGACGAGGGCUGCACGUCGGACCUGGGCACGCUCAACAGCACCAGCUCGCAGGCCUCCGUGGGGCGUCCGGUGCGCCAGCGCGGCAGGAUCCCCGGCGGCUGGACCGCAGGCGAGGGGCUGGGGGCGGGCGCGGCGGCCGAGGUGUGCUCCAUCACCUCCGACUACUCCACCACCUCCUCCAUGACCUUCAUGACGGCGGGCGGCGGCGACGGGGGCAGCUCCAUCAUGAGCCCCGAGCCGCGGGCGGGCGUCGAGAGCCGCGGCACGAGCGCCACGCUGGACGCCGACGACGCCGACGACGAGCGCAGCGAGCUGGUGAGCGAGGGCCGGCCCAUGGAGACGGACAGCGAGAGCGACCUGUCGGUGUUCGCCGUGAGCCGGGAGGAGACGGGGCCCUGCGCAGAGGGGAGCAGGCGCUCGUCGGCGUCCGAACCGCCGCUGAUGGCCAACGCCUGCGGGAGCAGCCUGGCCGCGUCACAGCGGCUCAUCGCCGGCGACACGCUCGCGCGCAAGAAGAGCACCCGGCAGAAGACGGACAGCGAGUCGUCGGCGUCGGAGAGCGGGCGCGGCGAGCGGGAGGCCACUCGGCUGGCGCGGGCGCUCGGCGCGGCCAAGGGCCGCUCGUCCACCUGCAGCCUGAACUCCUCGUCCCCGCGCUGCAGCGGAGAAGAGCAGCCUGGAGCCGGCGGCAGCGGAGGCGCCGGACCCGCCGGACUGGGAGUCCCCGCCGACAACCCGGUCUGGCGAAUCAAGAUCACAGACCGCCUCAAGUUCCGGCUGCGCUCGUCGGCCGACGACAUGUUCGGUGUCGGGCGCUCGCCGGAGACGCGUGCCAAGCGCAAGGGCAACAUCCGCCGGCGGCACACCAUGGGCGGCCAGCGGGACUUCGCCGAGCUGACCGUGUUGGGUGAGCCGUCGCCGUUGUCGGCUGUCGACCGGCUCAAGCCCAAGUGCAGCUCGCAGGACUUCUCCAUCCGCGACUGGAUCGUCCGCGAGCGACACCACCGGGUCAGCAACCCUGAGGUCAGCCUGCUGGGCGCCGCCUCGUCCUCGUCCUCCUCGCAGACGCUCCAGGGCCUGGCCCACGACUGCCCGGAGGCCGAUGGCGGGCUAACCAACGGGGACGGCCCCUCUGGCCAGGGAAAGAGCCUUAGCCUGGGCGCCGACGCGCACCCCCAGAAACUGUCUAACUCGCAAGUGGUCCGCUCGCGUUUCUAUCAGUACCUGUGAGAGUAUGCAUGUUCGUGUGUGUGUGUGUGUGUGUGUGUGUGUGUGUGUGUGUGUGUGUGUGUGUGUGAAUGGGAUGUGGUGUGGUAUUUGUGAGGAGGAUGCGAUGGGUGAGUGUGUUUGAUGGUUCAAAACCUUAUCUAAUGAAUUGCUCUGUGUGUGUUUGCGUGCGUGUCGCAUGUGAAUGAAUUCACACCGCGAGGUGUCUUUGUGUACGUGGUGUACGUCUGUGGACACUAACGGCAAAGGGUACUACGUGUAGCCGGGAGCGGCGUCCUCGCUGGCUCCCGGCAUACACUGGGUCCUCGUCAGAAUCAGCGAGGACAAAAGGGGACGGACAGCACAGCAGUGGCCGCUAGUGUGUCCUCCUCAUUCCCUUCCAACCCCCCAGAACCACUCCUCAUGCCACGGGCCCCUCAGCGGGAUCCUCCGACUCUGAACCCUCGUGUGGCUGGAAGACUUGAAGGUUGCGCUGGAAGAACGUGUGUAGACUGUGAAAGGAUGGCAAGAAGAUUGGAGUUUUGUUUGGGGAUGGUGGGGGCGAGAGGAUUUGUUGAGAGAUCUUUUAGGGUUAUAAAGAUGACAAAGUAGGUCACACUAUGGAUGGAUUAGGAUGUUCUUUUCUUUUCUUUUUUUUUUUACAAAAGGACUGGUGCAUAGUGUUGUAAAAGUAUUGCUGGAGGAAUCCAUUUUCUUAGCUUUGAAAAUGAAAGGAGGUCCCAGAGGGUUGUCUCCCUGUGUGCUUCUAGGUAACCAAAUGAAGAAUGUGCUUGCUGUUCUUACCGAACUAAAAAGCAGAGUUGGUAGUGUGCUCACCUCUUUCAGGAAAUUAAGUGUACAUAUCCCCCCCCCCCCCCCCCCCCCCCUCUUUCUCUCUCUCUACUUGAAGUGUGGUCUUUGCAGAUGUUUUUUCUCGCUAGGCCUUCAGUGGGGUUGUUGUGUGUGUGCUGUGGAGGUUGGCUUCUGACUGGGUGUUGCAGGAACCAGACUUGACUCUUUUAAAGCUUUAAAAAUGAAUUGAAUUGAAUUUAGGAAAAAUGUAAAACAACAUUUUUGUAUGACACUAUAGUAACUGACACAUAAUAUGGACAAAAAUGAGUCACUUCCCACUUAUGCAGUGGUGUAUUUGUGAACAGGCUUGUUGUAUACCAUGACACUAUACUUUACAUGGACUGCAAACAUGAAUUGGAUUUAAAAAAAAAGAAGGAAAAGAAUUGGUAUAUGGGAAAAAAAGGUUAAAAGAAAUGCUGUUUGAUGAAUGAAAAGUGCCUCCUAUUGAACUGAUUUGGGGUCAGUAAGGGUGCCAUACUGUCUUUCUGUACUGACAUGUACUUCACCAACAUGUACUGUGAAAGAUGACAUUUUAUCAACAAGAGAAAUUUUCCAGAACUAUUCCAUACAUGGAAAAUCAAACACGGGAGCUUCCAUUCCGUAAGCAUUCCGCUUGGGUCUUAACACCUUUUUAUACAUGACACUUUUUUUGGUUCAUUUUCAUUUUUUAUUAUUAUUAUUCAAUUUGAUUUUGUGUUUGCUCUCUGUAAUGGAACUUGAAUUUUGGAUUUUCCGAUGUAAAAUAAGUAACUUAAAUGUACAUAUCUAUUCCAUGUUUUAGCUGCUUUCCUUCUUUUUAUUGUUUCUCUUCCUUUCUUCCAUUUGUUUCCAUGGCAGGGGCUCAUGUCUUGGCACCUGCUCAGGGGGUGUCAAGGACUUGGCCUCAGGGAGGUUGGGGGGGGGGGGGGUGGUGAGAUGGACAGUAGUGGUCUUAUCAUGUGGGGUGGGGUGGGGGGGGGGGGGUUGAAGGGAGGGCAGAAAGGGGGUAACUCGCCCAAUCCUGCUCGGCAUCCAUUCUGCCUUGACCGUUUGUACCAAGCCGGGUCCACUCUGCGAGUGGGCGCGAGCCUCCUGAGAACACUGGACAAUAAAAACCCUUCAUGUCUGA